UAUAUUUAGCUGAUUGCAUUAUUGGAAUCGGAUUUAUCUUUGUAGUCCAAGUGAACGGGCUCAGUUUCUCCACGAUUGCGCCUUUCCAGCUGAUUUUUCUAACUGAGUGUUUGUCCGCCGCUCAGCGAAGCUGAAGCCGAGCGCAGUUUCGUUGUUGCAGAAAGUUCUGGAUCAUCGGUGAGAAACAAAAACAGACGAUUCCUGAAAUGUCUUCAGGCGAAGGCAGGGCCAAGGCGAUUCUGAAGGGCUUUAAACUAAACUGGAUGAACCUCCGGGAUGCUGAGACGGGUAAAGUUCUGUGGCAGGGGACGGAGGACCUCUCUGUACCCGGAGUAGAGCAUGAAGCUCGUGUCCCAAAGAAGAUCCUGAAGUGUAAAGCUGUGUCCAGAGAGCUGAACUUCUCGUCCUCCGAGAAACUGGAGAAGUUCAGGCUGGAGCAGAAAGUUUUCUUCAAAGGACAGUGUCUAGAAGAGUGGUUCUUCGAGUUCGGCUUCGUCAUCCCCAACUCCACCAACACGUGGCAGUCCCUGAUAGAAGCAGCUCCGGAGUCCCAGAUGAUGCCGGCCAACGUUCUGACCGGUAACGUGAUCAUUGAAACUAAGUUCUACGACGAAGAGCUCCACGUAAGUACUUCCAGAGUACGGCUUUUCUACGUCUGACCUCGGACCCCUGACCUCCGACUCCACCUUCCAAAAGAUGCUGACAUCCUGCCAAGGUCUCCAAACUACCAGUUAGCUAAUGUUUGCAGCAGUCCACAGCUUGUACCUGGGGUGGGAUCAGCACGUCUGCUGCCACAGUGAGUCACCUGAGCUUUGUGUUGCGGUUGUUCCCUUGUUUUGUGUCGACCUGGAAACUUCUUCUGAACUUUGGGAGACGAGGAUGAGGAGGAGAGAAUUGAGACUGUCCCCUGUAACCACACGACCACCGGACCCACUGAAGCAGCACGAUCUGUGCUUUUUCUUUUUCUUUUUCUUUUUUUAAUUCUUCCCAUCGUUGAAUUCGACCUACGGUCACUCAGGAACAAAAACGCCCGACUUGUAGGCUCAUAUUGGAUUUUCUUUGUCUGAGACCUGGUUUCUGCACAUGUCACAUGUUUAAUAAAGUGUUGGUAGUGUUGAGGUCAGAAAAGGUCGGCGUCGGAGCUGCAAACUGUGCAGUUCCCCCUUCAGAUGUUUGAAUCGGCAGGUGAGUCCAGAUGUGGAAAAGGUUCAGAAGGCAGAACGACUUUCCAAAUACGUCCAGACGUUCCAGGUUGUGCAGCGGCGACGGAGUACCAGGGCCAUCUGGAGGGAGAAACACAGCUGAGAGGACCGGAACGCAGUCAUUUUAUGAGAAUAAAUUCCCACAUAUAAGAACAUAUGUAACACAAAUCAAACACUUUCAGAGCCAAACAUCUGAACAAGUGCUUUAUAUUAAAUUCAUAUGAAAAAUGUGACGUUAAUGCAACAAAAGAUGAAAACUGUCUUCAUCUGCCAAUCCCUCACGGUCUACGCUGUUCUGAGAAAGUUGACUUUAUUCCUGGAAUAUAUAGAAUGUUUCAAAGUUUUCUCCAUAAAAGUAUAUUGCUCAAAAUAUUUCAACUCUUGGGAAAUAGUAGCUUUAUUCUUGUAAAAUGUAGGAUCUUUUUUUUGUAAAACUAGCUUUUUCUUAUCAAAUUAUCUUUAUUCUUGUAAUUAAGGCUUUGGUUGAAUAAUUAUUUGUCAUGAAAUUACAACUUUCUUCUGAUAUGACAGAAACAUAUUCCUCAUAACAUUAUGAAUUAUUUUCCUGUAAAAUUACAAACUUUUUCUCACAUUCCACGUAAUAAGAUUGUGUUUUCUUGUAAAAAAAAUACAACCUCAUUCUCAAAAUGUUGGAGCUUCUUUCAUAAAAUCACAGCUUUUUCUGGUUAAAUUCCAACCUUUUCUAAUAUUCUGGACCUCUUCACAAACUAGUUUCUAAAAAAAAAAAGAUCUACUGCACAUUUCAUAUUAUAACUUCUAUUUUUUCUCGUAAAAUGACUACUUUGUUUCCAUGGAUACUAUUCUGACAUCGUAGUGUUUUGCUCCCGUCACGCUGGCCCUGGAACUCUGUCCCACUUUGCUGUCGGAUGUUUCCAGAAAUACAUCAUCCAUCUGUCCUGCUGGGGGCGGAGCCUCUCCCAGCCAAUCCCAGCCCUCCUCAGGUGAGAGGCGGGGCUUACCUGGUGAGGUCACAGAUCAUGUCGUCCUGGAGAAAUAUCACUGUCAUGUUCCAAAAGGGCCUUUUUUUACUCCGCUGAGCAGCAGAAUCAACCGGUGCAACGCUUCCUAGUUUCCCCACCGCUGUUAUUGUUUUUGUAAAAUAAGAAUAUUCAGGCAGUCGCGAGAGAAACAUAGGUUAACCAGAUGUGUGCAGACGAGCAUCACCCUUGAAUUUGUACCUGUGAGUUGAGGAAGACGGAUCUGGACGCACUGUUGACGGUGGUCUCUGUGAGGCCGAUACUGGAACCACUGGAGCAUCUUGUUUCCCAGCAGCCUCGGGAACGCCGCGCACCGCAGACACUUCUCUGCACACUUCCUGUACUGAACUGUAGAGUAACAAAACACGCAGAAGCAUAAUCACAUUAGAUCACCAGCAAAUAAAACCAGUUGUAAUCUCACUUAUUUAUGCUCCUUUACGUGUUCAUCAGUACGGAAGAGUAUUAGGGCCAGGCAGGAGAAAAAUACAAAUAAUAUUUUAGAGGAAGAAUUUUUUUUUUUCAUUAUGCACUUUGGGAAAAAAGUCAUAAUGUUAGUAAAUUAGUUAGUUAGUUAGUUACGGCUGCUGCUGCAGAGCUGUCAGUCGCUCUCCUAACUGGAUUAGAUGGACCAGAGGAGACAUUUACACUUUAUUCACCAAAUUGUAUUUCAACUUUAUUCUCGAAAUUUUGACUUUAUUCACCAAAUUUUGACUUUAUUCUUGAAAUUGUAUUUCAACACUGCAAAAACUCAAAAUCUUACCACGAAUAUUUGUUUUUUUCUAGUUAAAAUGUCUCAUUUUUAGUCAAAAAAAUCGCAUUACACUUAAAACGAGUCAUUACCAGAAAAAUAACUUGUUAUUUGACAAUUUUCACCUGUUUCAGGUACAUUUUCAGUUGAAAUUAGUAGAAAAAUCUGCCAGUGGGACUAGAUUUAUCUUCUCAUUACAAGCAAAAAAAUCUAGUUAUUUUAAGUGAAAAUCUACUUGAAACAGGUGAAAAUUGUUUUCCAGUGAUUGUUUUAAGUGUAAUGAGAUUUUUUUUUACCAAAAAUGAGACAUUUUAACUACAAAUAAGACAAAUAUUCUUAUUAAGAUUCUGAGUUUUUGCAGUGAACAUUAAUCUCGAAAUUUCAACAUUUUUCUUGAAAUUGUAUUUCAACAUUAAUCUCGACAUUUCGACUUUUUUCUCAACAUUUUGACUUUUUUCUCGAAGUGUACAAUAAAAACAAAUCUUCCCCUCUCAAAUAUGUUUCCCCUGCAUGGCCCUAAUGCUCUUCCGUACAUCAGAGAUGGGUUUUCCUGGAAACUCUCACCUUUGGAGUGUCGGUGUGCAGGUAGAACCGUGCGUUGUUUUGCACCUGGUUCUGGUUCAUCUCAGUGGACGGCUGUUUGAGCUCCGUACUGCAGCUUUGCUCUGAACAUCCUCGCUAGAUUUUGACUUCUCAUCCACUUCACUCUGUUCAUGUCAUUUGUUUUUCUUAGCCGCUAACUGAACUGUGUAAAAUAGAGAUGUGUUUUAAUAUGACAGGAGUUGUGAAUUAAAGUCAUACAAUGUUGUAAUAA